GGGAGGGGGGAGCUGUCUAGCUCGUAACGCGCUCUCGUGUGCACAAGCGACGGGCAGCACGCGCCGUAUCGCUGACCUUGGUGCUGAAAGCAGAUAAGACAAACCGGAAACUUCCUUUCCAUUGCUUUAUUUAAUCGCUUAUUUUGUUUGUUGUUUGUGUAGGCUGGUUAGAUUUUUUUUUUCCACCAAACUUUUUUUUACUCCCAUCUUUUCAAAACCAUUUGUCAGGUUUGACGUGAGCAUCAAAUGCAUUGGCUUGCACCGAGAUGGCAGUGAAAACGCUCUCAGUGCGUAAAAAGAGCGAGCUUAUCACUCCGAGCCAAGAGAGCCACUACACCUCUGAUUUUACCUGUCCCAUAUAGGUGUUCUUCUUUUCUUUUUCUUCCUUUUCGUGUCUGAGGACCGACGUCGUGUCUCUUUAGCUGUCCGUCCGACUUCAUCACAGAUCUGCUGGGUGUCUGUCCGGUAUGUCCGACCAGCUCGUCCGUGACAUGGUACUUUAACACAAACGAAAAGAAAACGAGGGAUUAUCAUAUUUGGACAUGGAUACUCCGAAGGAGCCCGGGUUUGCCCCCAGCAAAGAGGCUUUCAAGCAGAUUGCAGGGAAGACGCUGGGUCGUGUGUACAAGGUUUUAGAGAGAAGACAGAAAACUGGGGAAAACAUUGAAUUAACGGAAGAUGGCCGACCGACGCAGAGCACCGAGAGGAAGGCGCCCUUAUGUGACUGCACGUGUUUCGGCCUUCCGCGCCGCUACAUCAUCGCCAUCAUGAGCGGCCUGGGCUUUUGCAUCUCUUUCGGGAUUCGGUGCAAUUUGGGCGUGGCCAUCGUGAGCAUGGUGAACAACAGCACCAUUCACCAGAACGGCAAAAUCAUUAUCAAAGAGAAAGCGAAGUUUAACUGGGACCCGGAAACAGUGGGAAUGAUCCAUGGCUCAUUUUUCUGGGGUUAUAUAGUGACCCAAAUCCCAGGAGGAUACAUAUCAUCACGAUUAGCAGCUAACAGAGUGUUCGGGGCGGCCAUCGUUCUCACCGCCACCCUCAACAUGUUCAUCCCGUCUGCUGCGCGCGUGCACUACGGCUGCGUCAUAUUCGUCAGGAUAUUGCAGGGGCUCGUAGAGGGAGUGACAUACCCAGCAUGCCAUGGGAUUUGGAGUAAAUGGGCCCCACCUCUGGAGAGGAGUCGCUUGGCCACCACCUCCUUUUGUGGAUCCUAUGCUGGUGCAGUUGUAGCCAUGCCUCUGGCUGGGAUCCUGGUGCAGUAUACUGGCUGGUCCUCUGUCUUCUAUGUUUAUGGGAGUUUUGGCCUUGUGUGGUACAUGUUCUGGAUCUUGGUGUCCUAUGAGAGUCCUGCUGAGCAUCCUACAAUUACAGAUGAGGAACGUUGCUACAUUGAGGAAAGCAUUGGAGAGAGUGCCAAGCUGCUAGGACCUUCUGAGAAAUUUAAGACACCAUGGAGGAAAUUCUUCACCUCAAUGCCUGUCUAUGCAAUUAUUGUGGCCAACUUCUGCAGAAGCUGGACCUUCUACCUGCUGCUCAUCAGCCAACCGGCGUAUUUUGAAGAAGUAUUUGGCUUUGAGAUCAGUAAAGUUGGCAUGCUGUCAGCCCUUCCUCAUCUAGUGAUGACUAUUAUCGUGCCCAUAGGAGGGCAGCUAGCGGAUUACCUGCGCAGCAAGAACCUCAUGUCUACCACCAAUGUCAGAAAGAUCAUGAAUUGUGGAGGCUUUGGUAUGGAAGCUACUUUGCUGCUAAUAGUAGGCUACUCUCACAGUAAAGGCAUGGCCAUCUCAUUCCUAGUACUAGCUGUGGGCUUCAGUGGAUUUGCUAUAUCAGGCUUCAAUGUCAAUCACUUAGACAUUGCUCCACGUUAUGCCAGUAUUCUAAUGGGCAUCUCAAACGGAGUGGGGACCCUGUCUGGAAUGGUGUGCCCACUGAUUGUUGGUGCUAUGACCAAACAUAAGACCAGAGAAGAGUGGCAAUACGUGUUUCUCAUUGCCUCAAUGGUACAUUACGGCGGUGUGAUCUUCUACGGCCUCUUUGCAUCGGGUGAGAAACAGCCAUGGGCUGAUCCAGAGCAGACAAGUGAAGAGAAAUGUGGCAUAAUUGAUGAGGAUGAGCUAGCUGAGGAAACCGGAGACAUCACACAAAACUACGGAGCUCUGGGAGCCCCAGCUAAAAGCUACGGAGCCACCUCACAAAUGAAUGGAGGAUGGCCUGAUGGAUGGGAGAAAAGAGAAGAAUAUGUACAAGAGGGAGCAGAAGAGGGAGGGUAUGGAUACAGACAGGCCAGGGAGUACUCCUAGACAACACACACAGCCACACAGACAAAGCACAUAAACACAAUCACAUGCACACAUUUACAUGGUAGACGUAUUUUGUAGUGAUUGUGAGUUAUAAAAAAAAAAGUGCAAAUUUAAUUAUAAAGAUGUAAAAUAAUAUACAUUGUUGUAUGUUUGCACAAAGGAAAAAAAUCUAAUAUAUAAUAAUUUAAACUGUUAAAAUAGAUGAAAUACAUAUACUUAAAUAAAAUUAUAGAAAGAUGUAAUACAUAUCAAAAUUGGCAGAUUGUAACUGUAAAUUGUCUAUGUAAAAAAAAAAAAAGAAAAACGAGUGAAUAUAUUUCAAGCGCAAUCUUGUGUAAUGUUGUGAAAAUAAUAUUUGCACCUCAACAUUCUAUCGGAUUAGUUUAGUUGCAGGUGUUGAGAACCACCACACCUCAUAAUGGCUCGAAUAAGAAAUGCACAUAGAGCCAAACCAGCGACAGAAAACCCUGUAACCUGAACAAAUACACUGGUUUUCUCUGUUUCUUUUGCUGAUUGCACUUCAAGAAUCAUACUUUGUCACUGCACAAAUCCACGAGCCUGUUUUUUCCAUGAUGUGUUACUCUUUCAUUGUAGAUGGAGUUUUUUCUAGGAGACUUAAGGGGAUUUGGGUCUUUGACACUGUAUUUAUGAGCACAGCGUUAAAAAAACAAAACAAAAAAAAACAAAGAAUGAAAGGAAAAAAAAUCAUGGUGUCUUUGCCUGGUUUGGAACAAUUUUUUUCCAGAUGUUUUCAGGCUAAAAAAAUUUUGUGAAGCAUUCAGGACUUUCUGUGUGUAUUACAGAGGUUUGUAAAGCAGAAGCAAAACUGUAACUGUAAAACAGAAAAAAAAAAAGUGUGAGGUCUCUAGGAUGAUGUAGUUGGCCACACCUUAUAAAGCCUACUAAGCCUUUAUCCAUUAGCUAGUUUGAUGUCCAGUGAUAGCACAGCCAUUCACUGCCAGAAGAGCACAUGAGCACGAUUAGUCAUGCUUUUAUUACAUAAUUAUAGGUUAACUCAUUUAGACAAUUGUAAACAAGAUAUGUCCAUUUAUGUUUAUUAGGUCACAUAUUAAGAAAAUGACUCAUUUUCCUAAAAGCAUCCUCGCACAAUGGUGUAUAGUGUAUAGCAUCACACUGUACCCCAAUUAAUUGAAGGGGAUGCUAUGAUUUUGCACAUGCUGCAGUCUUGUGUUAUGCUCUCAGAUUGUUGACUUCCAUACAAUGGGGAUACUCAGAUUAGUGAUGAAUAAUAAUACAACCAUUGUGAAAGAGUGUCCAAGACCCAAUCCUUGAGUCCCUACUGUUUAUUGGAAUCCUAGUCUUAACACCAUGCCAUCUUGAUGUCUGUGAAUUGUAGAUGCAUGGAUGAGAACAUUGUUUUUAGCUGUAAUUCUUUCAAAUCCAAUUCCCUGUUUUUCCGUUAAGUUACUAAUGGGUUGAUUUCUUUGCACAGUUAACCAAAGGUAAUGUGUAGAGUCGGGUUUUAGCGGGGUCAGAUAUAAGGGAGGGGGAAAUCCUAUUAUAAUAAAGAUUAAAAAACAGCUACCUACUUUAUAAACAGGCUACUUCAGCCUAGAGUAGGUUCUAAACAUAUUCAAUGUACAAAGCAAUAAAUCCAUGGUAACAGUUAAUGUUUAUCCAGUAUGAACAAAAAAGAAAAAAAUGUAUGUAAAACAUUAGCACAUUUAAUUGUAGUGACUUUUUUUUUUUUUGUGAUGACAAUUUAAAAAGAUCAAAUAUAAACUUAUUGUUAAAACAUGUAUAAAACAAUAUAAAUAGAUUUAGCAGGAGUCCAGUGCAAAACUCUUUGACUUUUUAAUAAGGAGUGUUUGUGUUGGACCCACUCACCAGAAGAGAAUGAUUCUUACGUGCCACCUGCAUAGAGUUCCUGAGUGACACUCUCACUGCGGUUCUCAGUCCUGUGGGUGUACACACCUCUGUAGUUGUCCUGUGUGGUUGCCAGUGGUUGCAUUUUUGCAAGUAUGUUGCUGUCAGAUGUUUUCCUCCCUCCCUUCCUCCCCCCCUUCCCCAGUCCCUUUUGUCUUUACUUGACUUCCCUUUUGUUUUUUUGGUCUGUGUUGUCAGUGGCUUGAGAUUUUCUCCUCUUAUCCUACUUCCUCUUGUAAAACCCAAUACUGCUGCAAUAUUCAACAACAAAAUGGGUUGUUUGUAAAGGUAUUCAGAAAUGCACAAAUAUUACAGUUAUUAGCAAAAACAUUAUGGUACCAUAUUUCUGUUUUGUGCCUCAGAGUAAAGUGUGGCUUCUUUUGCUGUGUUACUUGUAAAUCGAGAGGUUUGUUGAUGUCAAAAUGAAAUGCUCUAUAUAUCCUUUUUUAUAUAAAACUAUUACAAAAUUUUA